AUGUCUGAUAACAGAGAUGAUUGUGUGAGUACUAGUAAUAGCCGCAGUAAAGACAAUGAUCAUAAUGUCAGCAAAGAUGGUAGCAGCCCCGGGGAACACGGCUCGCAGACCCUCGAAGGUGACCAAGGUCGUGACGGAGGCCCUGUAGGGGGACGCGGGCGCCGCAGAAGGCCGCUCCUCAGGGGAGAGUCCAUCCCCGGCAAGCACCUCACCAGGCAGGGAUCCAUAGACGCUUCUGGCGAGGAAACACAGGAGGAGCAGCUGAUGCUUAGACCGUCCAGGGCAGCUGAGGAAAUGCCACGUCACAGGAAAGUUUCUCGCUUCAGGAAUUUCGGCAACCAAAUUCGGGCCGCUGAAGUCUGGGUGUCUCAUUGCAGGUUCCUCCGGCGCCUGCAGCUGUCCCGGGGAGCUAAGGAUCACCUGGUAUCGCCGGCCGGAAGCUCGGAUUCCGACCCCGAGUGUGGCCCUCCCGAGGGCUCAACCCGCGCCCCUCCUUCAGGCAGAAGCAGUAGUAGUAGCAAAGGAACGAGAAGCCCUUGCGCUCAGGCUAGGUAUCACCCUGUCAACGGCGGGUGUGUGGUACGGUCGUCGUCCUCGUGAGCAGCGCCGAGGACACAACCGUCGCAGCAACAGCGACAAGGCUGGACACUCGAAGCUGACCUUCCCAAGUGAUACUAUUCCAUUAAGUGACCUUCAGCAAUGGCAGCGGCCCUCCCCAGCUUUGGCUUGGCAGUGCCAUUAUCUUUCGUAUUCUGAAAUCACAGAAAACCAUGUGUACACAUUGCCUAUAGCAUGUCGACGUAGUUUUAAAGUUUUGUUUUAUGUGAAUUGCUGGAAUAAUGAAACUGUUGUAAGAGACACUGAAAGAGUUGAGUACUCAUGUUGGGAACCAGUGGUAUGUUAUAGCUCGCAGGAUUGUCCUGUUUAAAGGCAAGUGAAGAACCAGCCAGAAAAUAAUAUAAUAGUUACAACAACAACGAAUAAGUUAGUUUGAUGUUCUUCAUCUGUUCUUUAUCUUCUCUUUUUACUUUCAUGUUUAUUAAUGUGUUAAUACGUUUAAUUUUUAAAGACAUAUAUAUGCAUAUAACAUAUGACUGACUAUGCAGGUAACGAUAUUUCGGAAUUUAGAUUUGCAAUGAUUAUAUAAGUUAGAUCUAGAAAAUAAUUUCAUGAGAAUGCCAUGUUCUUAUACACUUCACAUCCUUACAUUCUCAUCUCACUCUUGGUCAGGCGUACCGCUAUUCGGCCAGGAUAAUAAUGUGAGAAAAUGUAACGUCAUGUAAUUGAUCAUCACUUGAUAAUAAGGUUUUUCUUAUACGCAACACUGUAACUCGUUCCCAAAGAAAAACAGAAAAUGGAAAUCGUGAACUUCACAAAACAAAUGUACAUAUUUAUAACCAGGAAGCACAGAAGCGUCGGCCACCCGCGUCAAAGGAACCUGUUCCUGUUUCCUUGCCUCGAAGGUGUCCAGAUUUGCGCUUCUGGUCGCUGGAAUGACUUUGUCUUAAUCAUCAAGAUAACCACGUUGCUUUACGGUAGAUUUCUCAAGCUAAUAGAAAGUUAUAGAAAAUCUGUGACUUAUCCUUUUCAGAUUUGGUAAGCGAGUAUUUUUCUAUGAAUAUAUAUUCUUUUUGAUAUAUUAGAAGUAAUAGAUAUGUAGUUAUAUCCGUAAGUAAUUACUACAAGAGCCACUGUAAUUUUAUGAGUCCUUGCUGAUUUUUCUAUGCACUUAACCCGUAUUUGUGGUGUGCAGUACAUCCCCGGAUCACAAAGCCAGGAACUUGCCCGAACUCUUCCUUGUGUGGUCGCUUAACACACACACACAAGAUUACCUAUGCUACUUAAGCGAGGAAAAUGCCGUGUCUUUACUGUGUUUUUUUUUUUUUUUUUGUUUUUUUUUUAGCUUAAAGAAAUAUUAAUUUCGAAAUCCAAAGGAGGAUUUUGCGCGGAAAAGGAUUCACUCAUGACGUAUUGGAUAACAUGACACUGCUGCACAAAAAGAAACAGAGGUUUCUUGGAUUGAAUACAGGUGCAUUUAACGCAGAUAGCCAGAUACUCCAAUGGAUGGACCUGUGCGUGUUUUUGUUUUUCUCUUUCUUUGUAUAUUUUGUGAGUUCGGUUUCAAAAAUAACGGAAGUUUUUUUUUGGCAUUCAGUAUGAAUUUCUUUAUCGCAAAGACAUAUAAAGAGCGGUCAGUUUACUGUCGAUAUUCGAUGUAUAAAGUAUUAAAUGCAUCUGUUAAUAAAAUCACAAAUCAUACCUCAUUGUAUUACAUUACAGUUUUCUUCAGCAAGUUCACACAGCAGCUUCCUCACUUCAUUUCUGAUCCAUGAAAAUUAUAAUUAUUUGAUAGUUCCCAGCAACUGCCGAACCAGGCUGUUUCAAGCUGUGGAUGGUGAUAGUUGGCAACACUUGGUUUGCAGUUAGACGCAGUGGGCGGGAAGCCGCUCGACCUCCUGUAUUAUCACGAAGGCGCGUGCUUUGGUCACCGUCUACGAUGUUUCUUUGCUUACUGUAACAUCAUCUUAAUAUAUAUAUUCUCAUCACUCACACACGCACACAUGCACGCACGC